AUGGCCUGCAGCUUCCGUGGGAGAGUCCAGGUUGGAGGGCUGCUCCUCUCUAUCCUUGGCUGGGUGUGCUCUUGUGUCACCACCAUUCUUCCCCAGUGGAAGACUCUCAGUCUGGACCUGAAUGAAAUGGAGACCUGGAUCUCGGGACUCUGGGAGGCAUGCGUGAGUCAAGAGGAAGCUGGCACUGUAUGCAAAGCCUUCGAGUCCUUUUUGUCUCUGCCCCAAGAGCUACAGGUAGCCCGCAUUCUCAUGGUGGCUUCCCAUGGGCUGGGACUGUUGGGACUUCUCCUUUCUGGCUGCGGGUUGGAAUGCUCCAGGUUUUGUGGAUCCAGAGUUUUCCAGAUGCGGCUAUGCCUCCUGGGAGGGACUUUGGAGGCAUCAGCUUCAGUUACCACCCUCUUUCCAGUCUCCUGGGUGGCCUAUGCCACUCUCCAAGACUUCUGGGAUGACAGCAUCCCUGAAAUUGUGCCCCGGUGGGAGUUUGGCGAUGCCCUGUUCCUGGGCUGGGCUGCUGGGCUUUUCCUAGCUCUGGGUGGACUUCUCCUCAUCCUUUCCACUUGCCUGGGAAAUGAAGAUGGGUGUUCUCCCUGGAUGGCUGAAGCCACAGCCCCACCAGCCUAUGCUCCAACAGAGGAAUUCGGUGGUUCCUUCCACCUCACACCAAGACUGAUGAACCAGGUUAUCUAG